CUCCCUGUGCAAAAGUACAAAAAAUUCUGGAAACCUUUGGCUCAACCAUAGGCUGGGAGUGGCGUUUUACUGCUAUAACUGUGCCCUUCUGCUUAAAAAAAAAAAAGAGAACUAAUUUAAAAUUCUUCCUUAAGCCAAAGCAGAAGACAUUUGGAAGCCAUUAAAUAGCCAAGCUCAUGACAUUCAGUUCCAUGAAAACAUACCGAACCGACGGCCCGCGAUGCAGGCGCAGGAGUUCCUGAGACAGCUGCGCGUCCCCGAGCUGACGGACGUGCGGGAUUACCUCCGCAGCCUGUCGGCCAACGCGCUGGCGGGCAUGGGCACCGUCGCCGCCCUCUGCACCUACUGGUACCUGUGCAGGCCCAAGGCCCUGAAGCCGCGAUGCGACCUGAGCAUGCAGUCCGUGGAGAUCCAGGGCGGGGAAUUUGCGCGCAGGUCAGUGCUGUUGGAAGGCGACGAGCACCUUACGAACAUCUACAGCGACGCCACCACCUUGUACGAGAUCUUCCGCCGGGGCGUGCGCGUGUCCGAUAACGGGCCUUGCCUGGGAUCCAGGAAACCAAGCGGGCCGUACGUCUGGCUGACCUAUCAGGAGGUGGCGGACCGGGCCGAGUUCCUGGGCUCAGCUUUACUGCACAGGGGCCACAGUCACACCGGCGACAAGUUCAUCGGCAUCUUUUCCCAAAACAGACCGGAGUGGACCAUCGCUGAGCUGGCCUGCUACACGUACUCCCUCGUGUCCGUGCCCCUCUAUGACACGCUGGGCGUCGAGGCCAUCGGCUACAUCAUCGACAAAGCCGCCAUCUCCACGGUGGUGUGUGACGUCCCGGACAAGGCCCGGCUCAUCCUGGACAGCAUGGCGGACAGGGAGCACACCGUCAGGACCAUCAUCCUGAUGGAGGACUUCAACGCCGCCCUGGUGGCCAGAGGCAAGGAGUACGGCAUCGAGAUCAUCAGUCUGAAAGCAGCAGAGGACGUCGGCAAGGCCAACCUCAGAACUCCAGUGACGCCCAAGCCCGAAGACCUGGCUGUCAUCUGCUUCACGAGCGGCACCACAGGUAACCCUAAGGGCGCCAUGCUCACGCACAGGAACAUCGUCUCCAACAGCUCAGCGUUCAUUAAGAUAACGGAGGAGUUGCGGCUUCCCUGCGUAGAGGACGUGCUCAUCUCCUUCUUGCCUCUGGCGCACAUGUUUGAGCGAGUGGUGGAGGGCUUUUCCUCCAUUUACAGCAGCGACACGCACAUUUCCUACCUGCCCCUCGCCCAUAUGUUUGAGAGGAUGGUGCAGGCGAUCAUCUUGUGCCACGGAGCCCGAAUCGGCUUCUUCCAGGGAGACAUCCGCCUGCUGAUGGACGACCUGAAGGAGCUGCAGCCCACCAUCUUCCCCGUGGUCCCACGCCUGCUCAACCGCAUGUUCGACAAGAUUUUCGGGCAGGCCAACACCCCCCUGAAGCGGUGGGUGCUGCAGUUCGCCUCCAGGAGGAAAGAGGCGGAGAUGAGGAGCGGCAUCGUGAGGAGGGACAGCCUGUGGGACAAGCUCAUCUUUAAGAAAGUUCAGGCCAGUCUGGGAGGCCGCGUGCGCCUGAUGGUGACCGGGGCGGCCCCCGUGUCCCCGGCUGUCCUGACGUUUCUCCGCGCGGCCCUGGGGUGCCAGUUUUACGAGGGGUACGGACAGACGGAAUGUACUGCUGGCUGCACCUUAUCCAUGCCCGGGGACUGGACUGCAGGUCACGUGGGAGCUCCGCUGCCCUGCAAUUCCGUGAAGCUGGUGGACGUGGCCGAGAUGAACUACUACGCAAUCAACGGAGAGGGAGAGGUGUGUGUGAAAGGACCAAACGUGUUCCAGGGCUACUUGAAGGACCCAGAGAAAACCGAGGAGACCAUCGACAAGGACGGGUGGGUCCACACCGGGGACAUCGGCAAGUGGCUAGAGAACGGCACUCUGAAAAUAGUGGACAGGAAGAAGCACAUAUUCAAGCUGGCUCAGGGAGAGUACAUUGCGCCGGAGAAGAUCGAGAACAUCUACAUCCGCAGCGACCCCGUGGCUCAGGCCUUCGUCCACGGCGACAGUCUGCAGGCAUGUCUGGUGGCUAUCAUCGUCCCCGAUCCUGACUUCUGCCCUGGAUGGGCCAAGAAGAAAGGACUAGAGGGUUCCUAUGAAGAGCUGUGUAAAAACCAGGAACUGAAGAAGGCCAUCUUGGCGGACAUCUUGAAACUGGGCAAAGAUGCAGGCCUGAAGUCUUUUGAGCAGGUGAAGGACAUCGCUCUGCACCCCGAGAUGUUCUCCGUGCAGAACGGACUGCUGACGCCGACCAUGAAGGCCAAGAGGGCCGACCUGAGGAACUACUUCCGGCCGCAGAUCGACGAGCUGUACGCCAGGAUCAACGCGUAGCCGUGGCGACCGAGAAGAAAAAUCAGCCCGCGCGCUGAACUUCAGGGAGAAAGAAAAAAAAAAAAAAAAAGCCAGAUAAUCGGACAACGCCAUGCCUUUAAUACCGAAUGUAGCGAGGUGGAGAUGAAGUUCACACUCAGUCUAAACUGUUACCGUAGGAACAAACAGGUGGAGAGGAUCAAAGGGGGGGGGGAUCGCUGCCACAUGAGCCCAGGUGUGUCAGUAGAUACCUUACCUCAUCAUGACCGUACCGCUCAGCUCAGCUAGAGCUGCUGUUUCACUCACCCAUACGCGUUAAUGUAGCCGUACAAUUCUGCAGGCUCCUGUCUGUACAAGCACAGUCUUAUUCCAAAACGCAGAAGGAAUUUAGCAUCAUCCUGUUAUUUAUUUGGGGUUUUAUUUUUUUUUCUUUUGGAAGAAGUGAAAGGAACCAUACAGUGACAGAAAUGGCGAAUUGUACUUCUUUUUACGACGACAACUCUUCUGUGGUUUUCAAUUACAAGUGUGUACAAAGUUUCAGUAAUAAUUUUUCAAAUUCAUGAAUACUAUGUAAUGUAAGAGCGGGUUUUAAAUUAUGCAAUUAUGCAAUUAAGCAUCUCGUUUCUCAUGGUUCGAACUCCACAAUUUUCUGCGGAUAAAGGGAAUUUUUUGUACAGGACUGCACUGUUUGUACUGUGAUGUUUGAUGAAAUAGGAAUGUUAGCAUAACAUAACAUAAUGACGAGAACAGGCCAUUCAGCCCAACAAUGCUCGCUAUUUUAAUGUUAAUUAUAGAACUCUUAAUAGACUGAAUAAUUUGAAUUGUGGGUUUGUUGGUGUGUGGCUCUUAUCAGAGUUUUAUUUAAUUAAAUGUUGUAAUCUAAUGUGAACCACUUAGGGUGCCAACGCAGAGUUGGUGAAGCCGCUAUAUUGCAGAACUCUGUCACACAAAAUCACUAACAACAGACAUAAAAGGAUACAUGGCACUCUUUCACAAAAUCUCUUGCGUAUUCUGGUUGUCUGUAAUGUUGUUCUGCUGUCUCAGGAUUUGCUACCAGACCUCAGUAGAGUGUCUGUUAGGAAUGGACCCCUGUUUUCUAUGUGUCAAAGGUCAGUAACCAUGGUGUUAUGGGUGGGUACCCCUGUGCCUCUUUUGAAAGCCAUACAGAAACAUCACUUAUCGGCUGUAGCUAUUGAACAGAGGGUAUAGUAAGUUCAAGGAAAGGCUAAAGUGGCACAGAAUUGCAGUUGUGCUACCACAAGGUGAGUUGACAUGUACGCUGGGAAUGGCUUAUUUUAAAUGUUCAAAUUUCCGUUUUUCUUUGUCUUCAGUUGUUCUAAAAAGUGAGGCUCUUGAUGAAAUAGUGGCUGAAUUUGUUGCUUUCAAAUGAAUCUCAGUGAAUCAGAGCUGCACCAGCGUGAGUGGACUAUGGCAAAAACCAGAUGUAGAUCUGUAUCUUUUUUUAAAGUCAUUUAUUAUGAAAAUAUACACUAUGUGGAAUGAAUUAGCAGAAAUAAGUUUUUUGGGGGAAAUGUCAUGUAUGAAAUGAAGAAAGAAAUUAUAAUUGUUAAAAAAUUUAAACAGUCAACGAAGGUUGCACUGAAUGUUGGGUGACUAAUGGUGCAUGUUAAGCUGUUUUUUAUGUGCUAAGCCAGUGUGGCAACGUUUAGGAGACUGUAAUAAAGAUUUAAAAUUAAA